AUGAAUGGUGAAGAGGAAGUAUGGGGAAAACUCGAUGCAGAAUUUGAUCACUGUGUUGUGGAUAUGAAGCCUCAUGUUCUAAAACUCCAGCAUAGGUCAGAACGACAGAGAUGUGCAUUGUGGAUUAAAAAGCUAUGUGAACCCUCUGGAGCAGGCAUAGGAGUAGCGGGCAGGAAGAAUCGGAACCUAUAUGCAAAACUCCUGCUCCACAUGCUAAAGCGAGGUGUGCUGGAAGGGCCUUUUACACAUAAACCAGAACCAGGAAUACUGAAAACUUUACCUUCGUACAUGUCAAUUUAUUUUGAUGAACCAAAUUCAAGAAGAGUUCAGAGUAGUAGCCCAGACUGCUUACCUGACUGGGUAAUGGGAGAACUGGGAAACAGUGAAUCUAAGCACGAGGUAUCAUGGAGUAUAUCUUCUAAAGAGGAAUUUUCUUUAACAGCACCACCUACGUAUGGGGAAAGAUUCAAGUACAAUGAGAAGCCAGCAUUAAGAUCACAUUCUAUGAGUCCUCCUCACCGGACAGCUGAAGAUAACCAAGCUACACCACAGUCUGACCAUCGUCAUAAAAAAACCAGUUCUUUGGAUGACAGUGACCUCGAAGCACGUCUCAAUAGUUGGAAUCUUGGGUUAGAAAAUCCAAGAUACUUGCGAGAAAAACCGAUGCCAGUGUCUUUGAUGACACCCAAAAUGGGCCGAGGAAAAAGCAGCCCUGUAUGUGAUGAGCAGGCGCUGUUUCGAAGAGAGCUGGACAUUAAAAUGAAAAUAGCGGAAGGUAAAUUUCAUGAAGAAAAGCUUAAGUUACAGCAGAAGCAUGAUGCUGAUGUUCAAAAGAUUUUGGAUAGAAAGAAUGAUGAAAUCGAGGCCUUGAAGUCCUUCUACAAAACCAAACAAAGUGAAGCUGAGGAGACUAUUAGAAAGCUGGAGACCAAAGUUCAGACCCUUCUUCGUGAGUCACAAGUCAUCAGGGAAGCGAAAGAGAAGCAGAUUGUAGAGUUAAAGAAGAUGUGUGAGCAAAGCAAUGAGUCUUUGAACAAUGAAUGGGAGAAAAGGCUUCAUAAUGCUGUGGCUGAAAUGGAAAAGGAGAAGUUUAAUAUUCGGAAGAAGCACACAGAAGAUAUGCAGGAGCUGCUGGAGGACACCAACACUCGUCUGGACAAAAUGGAGGAAGAUUAUUUGGAACAGAUAAAGUCAACUAACCAGACUGUCAAAGAACUGGAGGCUCGUGUCCAGCAGUUGACUGUUGAGGCUGAAAACAGUAAUUUACAACGUCAGAAAUUAUCUCAAGAAAAGGCUGAUGCAGAACAGCGUUACCAGGUGGUGUGCUCUGAACUUCAGGACGUGAAAGCAAGGCACAGCUCACUUCAGAAAGACAAGGACCAUAUUAUACAGGAAUACGAGAAGAACAUUCAGCAACUACAAAGUAAAUAUGAUGUUGAUAUAAAUUUUAUAAAGCAGGAACAUGCUCUCUCUGCAGCUAAGGCAUCUGAUGCGAUUGAAGAAUUGCAGCACAGUGUGGCUCUACUAAAACAACAGCUACAAGAUUCAGAACAUCAAAGGCAGCAACAGCUGAGGGAUCAAGAAUACAAGCUUCAACAGGAGAAACUUCACUUGGAGCGUGUGUUUGAAAAACAGAUUCAUGGCAUCCGGAAUGAUCUUGAUAAAGAAAGAGGGGAUGCUCAGAAGAAAAUUCGCAAACUGGAAGAGACUUUGAAGGAGAAGGAGGAGCAGCUGACUCGGGUGACAGAGGUACAGAGGCUGCAGGCCCAGCAGGCAGAUGCUGCCCUGGAGGAGUUUAAGCGGCAGGUGGAGCUGAAGUCAGAAAAAGUCUAUGCUGAAAUGAAACAGCAG